AUGUCUGUUACUGUUCCAGAUUCCUCCAUCAAGGAGGAGAGAGUGAAGAAGGUGACAGAGUGUCGAGGGGUCUUGGACAAUAACCAGAGAUUUUCUUCAUUACCAACAUACCUACCUGUGAGCUAUCGGAUCUUCAGUGCUGAGACAUCUUUCUUUCUCAAAGAAGCCAACCAGGACUUUAUGAGAAAUUCCAGUCUGCAGUCCAGGGUGGAGUCGUUCUUCCCAUACAAAGCCAAGAGACCACCUAUAUUAAAUGCCAGCUAUGGACCUUUUUCCGUGGAACAAGUAGUGCCCCAGGACCUAAUGUUAACUUCCAACUUCUUUGGAUCUGCCAACAAGUUUACUUACAACUGGAAACUUCAGGCCUUCAUCAUGCGUGACAAAAUUUACCUGAGCAAGCCCAAAGUGCAGGUCCUGUUCUACAUCGUGGGCAGGGACUGGGAUGACUACAGCAGCACGGAGCGGCUGCCCUGCCUGCGGGGGCUCGCCUUCCCGGGGGCGCUGGGCCUGUGUGUGGCAGAGCUGGAGCUCCUGCCGAGCUGGUUCAGCCCCCCCACGGUUGUCACAGGCCGUAAGAAGCCACCGGAGCAGUUUGAAGGGAGCCCUGUGGAGCUUUACUAUACUAUUCAACCGGGAGAUGAGAAGGGGGAGUGCACUGCUGAGGAUGUCAGGAAGGGAAAUGCUAUCCGGCCAGGGAAAGAUGGGAUGGAUGAAACCAUGUCCCACUUACAGAGGAUUGGAUCCAUCAGCCUCUACCGAGGCCAGGAGACUUCUCAGCUAACGGAGCUGCGGCUGGACGGGAAUAUCGUCGUCUGGUUGCCCUCCAAGCCUGUCAAACAAGGAGAGGUGGUGAAUGUUUAUGUGACUAUUGCCAACAAUUCUACGGUGGAUCAGUUCAUACUCAGGGCAAAGGUGAAGAAAGGUGUAAACAUUCUCAGUGCACAGACAAGUGACCCCCGGCAGUGGGACGUGAAACAAGAAGUGGGGAACGGUGGGAAGCAUUCAACCACAACAGUUAUUUGUCAGAGGAUAGCACCAAGCUCAAGGAACAGAAGUAACAGUUUAUUCAAUGAGGUCGUGCAGAUGAACUUUGAAAUAGCCAGUUUCAGCAGCCUUUCUGGAACGCAGCCCAUCACCUGGCAGGUGGAAUACCCUCGGAGGGGGACAACAGACAUAACCUUGUCUGAAAUCUUCAUCUGCCAGAAGGAUCUUGUUGGAAUUGUUCCAUUGGCGAUGGACACGGAGAUUCUGAACACCGCCAUCCUCACGGGAAGAACGGUGGCAGUGCCCAUCAAAGUGGUCUCCAUCGAGGAGAACAGUGCUGUGACAGACAUCUCUGAAUCAGUGGAGUGCAAAUCCUCUGAUGAAGACGUCAUUAAAGUUUCUGACAGGUGUGACUAUGUUUUUGUCAAUGGCAAAGAAAUGAAAGGCAAGGUGAAUGCACUUGUGAACUUCACGUACCAGUACCUGCGAGCUCCUCUGCAAGUCACAGUCUGGGUUCCACGCCUGCCUCUUCAGAUCGACAUUUCGGACACAGAACUCAGCCAAAUAAAAGGCUGGAGAGUCCCAGUUGUUUCCAACAAAAGACCCACCAGAGACAGUGAUGACGAGGAUGAAGACGAGCGGAAGGGAAGAGGUUGUACCCUGCAGUACCAGCAUGCCAUGGUGCGAGUCCUCACCCAGUUUGUAGCUGAGGAUUCUAGCCCCUGGGGUCAGCUGAGCUACCUGCUGGGCUCAGACUGGCAGUUUGACAUUACAGACCUGGUGAUGGAUUUUAUGAAGCUGGAGGAUCCUCACAUUGCCAAGCUGCAGGAAGGCAGGAUUUUGAUUGGACGGGAAGUAGGAAUGACAACGAUGCAGGUUUUGUCUCCUCUGUCUGACUCCAUCCUGGCAGAGAAGACAGUGACUGUACUAGAUGAAAAAGUGACCAUAACAGACCUUGGAGUCCAGCUGGUGGCUGGGCUUUCACUCUUUCUUCAGCCAAGUGCAGCAAGUAGUCGGGCUAUUGUGGCUACAACCAUUGCCCAAGAGUUGCUUCAUACUCCCAAGCAGGAAGCUGUAGUAAGCACCUGGAUUCAGUUCAGUGACAGCUCUGUUACUCCGCUGGACAUUUAUGACUCCAAGGACUUCUCCCUUUCUGCUGUAUCAUUGGAUGAAGCUGUUGUCUCGAUCCACCAGAACGCUGCCUUAAAGUGGCCGGUUGUGGCAGCAGAAGGUGAAGGCCAGGGCAUGUUAAUCAAGGUAGACAUGAUGAUUUCUGAAACCUGCCAAAAGUCCAAGAGGAAAAGCGUCCUGGCUGUGGGGAAUGGCAACAUCAAAGUCAAGUUUGGCCAGAACGACGCAGACUCCGAUCUGGGCGGGGAUUACGACGCCGACGAGAUCGAAAACCGCGCGAGCGACCGGCGGCCCAAGGCCCCGGAGCAGGAGCGGCACGGGCAGGACGGGCGGCUC